UAGCGACUCCGUCAAGAAACUGGAGAUUGAAAGCAAAAGUUAAAAGUUCAUGGGUGAGAAGACGACAUUUCAGAGCCGCAUAAAGCUUUCACAAAAGUUACUUAAAGAUGAUUAUAAUUUCACUAGUAAAUCAAUAGGAGCUGUGUUUGUUUGACCAUCACACACAUAGUUUCCCUAAAUAAGAUGAACUUCUCACAUGGUGGUUGAAGUGAAAAGGCUAGGUGUCAUUUCAUCAUUAUGGAGGACAGACAGAAAGAUGCAUCUGAAAUGAUGCAAAAUUCUCAGAAAACACCAUCUCCAGAACCCAGCUGUGUGUCUCUGAAGAGUGACAGAUCAUUGAUUCUUCCUCUUAACUUCAGUAAUGGAGCAGUGACCUCUGACCCCAGCAGGAAGAAAAAGAGGAGAUCUUCAUCUCCUGAUCACAGCUGUGUGUCUCUGAAGAGUGACGGAUCAAUGCCUCAUCCUCCUGACCUCAGUGAAGGAGCAGUGACCUCUGACCCCAGCAGUGUGAAUAGAGAUGAUCAGACCAGAGAUCCUCCACAACCAGUGAAUGAUGAACUACAGAGAGUCAAAGAGCAGCACAAAACCAGCAUGAAGAACAAGUAUGAGAGAUUAUUUGAGGGACUCAAAUUCCAGGAGAAUCAAACCCUCCUGAACAGGAUCUACACACAACUCUACAUCAUAGAGGGAGACAGUGAAGGAGUGAAUGAAGAACAUGAGGUUUUACAGAUGGAGAAACAAGCCAGAACAAAACACUCACAAGACACUCCAAUCUACUGCAAUGACAUCUUUAAAGCCUCACCUGAACCAGGAUGUGAGGAGAAAGACCAAAUCAAGACUGUUCUUACUAAAGGCAUCGCUGGAAUCGGAAAAACCGUCUCUGUGCAGAAGUUCAUUCUGGACUGGGCCGAGGGAAAAGACAAUCAGGAUGUAGAUUUCAUGUUUGUGCUUCCAUUUCGAGAGCUGAACUUGAUCCGAGAUCAUCGGUACAGUCUUCACAGACUUCUGCUGGUCUUUCAUCCUGAACUUCAAGAUCUGGACUCAAAGAUUUAUGAGGAGUGUAAAGUUGUGUUCAUCUUUGAUGGUCUGGAUGAAAGCAGAAUCACACUGAUGUUUUCAGAUGACCAGAAAGUUUGUGAUGUGACUGAGACUUCAUCAGUGGGUGUGUUGAUGUCAAACCUCAUGAAAGGAGAGCUGCUUCCCUCUGCUCUCAUCUGGAUCACCUCCAGACCAGCAGCAGCCAAUCAGAUCCCCUCCAAAUACAUCAACCGUCUGACAGAAAUUCAGGGAUUCAAUGAGUCUCAGAAGGAGGAAUAUUUCAGGAAGAGAAUCAGUGACCAGCAUCAAGCCAGCAGAAUCAUCUCACACAUCAGAAGAGCAAGAAGCCUCCACAUCAUGUGCCACAUCCCCGUCUUCUGCUGGAUCUCAUCCACUGUGCUUCAGAAACUCCUGAAAGAAGAUGUGAGUGCAGAAACCCCUCAAACUCUGACUGAAAUGUACAUCCACUUCCUGCUGAUUCAGAUCAACAUGAGGAAUCAGAAGUAUGAAGAGAGAGAUCCAGAGAAACUCCUGCAGUCCAACAGAGAAGUGCUUGUGAAACUUGCUGAAGUGGCUUUCAAUCAGCUGAUGAAGGGCAAUGUGAUGUUCUAUGAGGAGGACCUGAUUGAGAGCGGCAUAGACAUCACUGAUGCCUCAGUGCAUUCUGGGAUUUGCACUGAGAUCUUUAAGGAAGAAGCUGUUGUUCAUCAGAGUAAAGUCUACAGCUUCAUCCAUCUGAGCGUUCAGGAGUUUCUCGCUGCUUUCUAUACUUUACACUACCAUAUUUGUACUACAAUGGAAGCACUAAAGUUUUUUGCACUGCAUAAUAUGUUUGAAGCAGCAAUAGAUGCAUCUCUACAAAGUAAAAAUGGACAGCUGGAUCUGUUCCUGCGGUUCCUGCUGGGCAUCUCACUGGAGUCCAAUCAGAGACUCUUACAGGAUCUACUGACACACACAGAGAACAGCUCAGAGAGCAUUAGAGAAAUCACACAGUACAUUAAAGAGAGGAUCAAAGAUGGACAUGGACUCUCCACUGAAAGAUCCAUCAAUCUGUUCCUCUGUCUGCUGGAAGUGAAAGAUCAGACUCUGUCCAGAGAGAUUCAGGAUUUUGUGAAAUCAGACAAACACUCACAGAAGAAACUCUCUGCUGGUCACUGCUCAACAAUCGCCUACAUGAUUCAGAUGUCAGAGGAGGUGCUGGAUGAGCUGGAUGUUCAGAAAUACAACACAUCAGAUGAGGGGAGAAAAAGACUGAUACCAGCUGUGAUCAACUGCAGAAAAGCUCUAUUGUCCAGCUGUAAUCUCACUAGUCAGUCAUGUGAAAUUGUGGCUUCUGCUGUACAAUUUUCAAACCUGAGAGAGCUGGAUCUGAGUAACAAUGAUCUGCAGGAUUUAGGAGUGAAGCUGCUCUCUGAUGGACUGAAGAAUCCAAACGGUCAGCUGCAGAUACUGAGGUUAUCAGGCUGUAUGGUGACAGAGGAAGGCUGUGGUUAUUUGUCUUCAGCUCUGAGUUCAAACCCCUCACACCUGAGAGAGCUGGAUCUGAGCUACAAUCACCCAGGACAAUCAGGAGUGCAGCUGCUCAAACACAAACUGGAGGAUCCAAACUAUAAACUGGAGAAACUCAAUUUGGAGCAUGGAGGACAUUUAAGGAUCAUUCCAGGACUGAGAAAAUACGCCUUUGAUCUCACACUGGAUCCAAACACAGCACACACUCGUCUCAUUGUCUUUGAAGGGAACAAAAAAACAACAUGUGUUAAAGAGCAUCAGGCGUAUCCUGAUCAUCCAGAGAGAUUUGAGCGCUUUGAGCAGGUUCUGUGUGGAGAGAGUCUCACUGGACGCUGUUACUGGGAGGUUGAAUGGAGUGGCUGGAGUCAUGUAGCAGUGUCAUAUAAAGGAGUCAACAGGAAAGGUGGAAGUGACAGUCGGUUUGGACUCAAUGAGAAGUCCUGGAAUCUUUACUGUUGCGAUAAUAUUUACUCUGCCUGGCACAACAAUAACAGCACAAACAUUCUUCCGCCUUCAUCCCUGUCUACUAGAGUAGGAGUGUAUGUGGACGUGUCGGCCGGCUCUCUGUCCUUCUACAGCGUCUCUGACACACACACACUCACACACUUACACACAUUCAACACCACAUUCACUGAACCCCUCUAUGCUGGAUUUGGACUUUAUAAUAAUUCAUCAGUGUCUCUCUGUAGGAUUUAACAUCAUCUGAUCAGAAGAAAUUUUUUCUAUACCAAGUUUUGUCUGAAUACUCAAUUGAUAUUGGCCGGAAGGUGUGCUUUAAAGCUGUAGGUAUUUAUCACCGUUCCAUAUUAAUGUGCUGCUUUCAGUGCACACACACACACACACACAGAGAUUGCGCUACAGACAUUCAGGAGCACGAAAACGUCUUGUUAGCACUGUCUUGCAACUUACCUUAAUAAAACAUUAUAUUUCUUUGCAACGAGGGGUAACAUCACUGCUUCUGAAAUAAUUAAAACGCUGCUUAACUAUUAGAGGAACCUGCACAAUUACAUUUAAGGCAUUAUACAGACAUGCAUUUCCAGAGAAACAAAAGUGGAGGCUUGUUAGGCUUGUUUCACAGUGCAUGCUUAAGCGGAACAUAUGCCAUUUAUUUUAGCAACCAUAUUAGCAGCUUAUAGCGUUCCUGCUGCCCACAUUAGCAGUGGUGCCUAGUAGAACACUUCAGCUAACUUAUAACUGUAAACAAAGGCACUUAUUUUAGAUCCCAUAUCAUUAAAACUAUUUUCUUUUCUUUGCACUUCCAAACUAUCUUUUAUCAAGGUUUCUGUGGGUCAGCGAUAUGGUUUAAUGUGCCUCCAAACUCCUCUAACGGCUUCAAAAUUUCUGUCCAUUUUCAAAUAAACAAUCUGUUUCCUUUU